AUUUAAAGUUAGCAACAUGAAGUUUUUUGCCAUCCUCCUCCUUUUGUGCACCAUGGUAGCUGUUGCAAUUGCCGCAACAACAACAACAACAACGGAGAACAUUGAUUGGGGUUCUGCAAGUACAACUGAAAUACCGGCAACAACUACAGCAACUCCAUGUGAAUCAGCUGACGCCAAGAAAUUAUAUUUCUUUUAUAAAUAAUAUGGCUUCAAAAUAUUCAUAUUUUUGAGUAAAAUAAAAAUAUAGAACAAUCCCAAAAACUUCAAACACCUAAAUAGCACUUCUACAAGGUUCAAUGCGUAUAACAAUCGUAUAUUUUGGACUCGAAACCUUCACUACAUUCCACAAGGAAGUGGAGCUGCUCGGGGACAGCUGGCCAUAUGGAACAAGUGCGUCUGGCUGAGGAUACCCUUAUAUGGAAAUAAACAUUUCAAAUCGGGCCAAAAACGGCGGCCAAGUGACGAUGAAUACGUGAGGCGCCACUUGCAUCGCUGGGGAAUCGCAUGAAUC